AUGGGCGUCUCAAAUAUUUUGAACGGAGCAAUGGGUCUUGCUAUGCUUCUUCCACUCUUAUUCUAUAUACCCAAUGACGUCGACUCGGUGCUCAAUAGCGAGACCUAUUCCCGUUUAUUGGUAUAUUUAAAUAUGCCGUAGGUUACAAGGCUGGCGGCACUGCACUCCUAGGUUGACCUGCGAGUCGGAAAUAAGUAUCAAUGAAAAAGGAAAACAGCAAGCUGAUAAUUUCUGCCAUCUACAGACCUACAUAAUUAUUAUAACAGAAAUCUUCACCUCGGUCGGAGCCCUCGCCACUGCUUCCCGUAUGCUCUCGGCUUUCGCUCGUGAAGAGGGCCUCCCAGGUUCAAGAUAUCUCGCCAGAGUCGAUGGUCGAACCUAUCUCCCACUUUACGCCAUAGGCGCAACAGUAUUGAUAAAUCUCCUCUUAUCACCCAUCAACAUCGGUUCUUCAGUAGGAUUUGGGGCAUUCAUAUCUCUUAUAGUAGCAUCAUACUACUCAUCCUUUAUCUUGUCUGCGGUGGUAAUGUUGCAUAAACGUCUCACAACUCCGGCGAACGAGAUACCAUGGGGACCUUUCAGAUUGGGGCUAUGGGGAGUUCCAGUCACAGUCGGUGCUAUUGCUUAUUCGAUUCUUGGGACUUUCUUUUCCAUGUGGCCUACUGCAAAUUACCCGAAUUUUGAGAGUAUGAAUUACGGUAUCUUAGUUUUCGGGGUCAUAUUACUGUUCGCGGGGGUAUUCUGGCUCAUGAAUGGAAGGAAGACGUACACAGGGCCGGUCAUUGAGACGACUGGGUGGUUUCCGAGGGAUAUUUUGAUGGCAUGGCUAUUUAGGUAA